ACUACGAGCAAUCCGCCAUUUUCAAUUUCUCGCUGCGAUAUUGUAGUCCAAGCUCAAGGAUGCAGAAGUUACAAGAGAGUAAAUCAAAAUGUUCGGUUGUUGAACCUGUGCCUGGUUGAGUUUUAUUUUUCACAGAAAUGUCAUUUUUUAGUGCGCGAAGCACUUCAAGGAUAACUAUUUCACCAACCUCCACAGUAUAAAGUAGGAUUUGCCAAUAGACUUCGUCUGAUUGAGGGGUCAAUUACUUCUAUCUUUGGAGACGACGAGCAGAGCACUUCGGUAAGCUGUAAAUAACUUUAAAAACAGUAAAGUACACGGUUGUCAUGGUUUAGAAGUGCUGUUUCUCAAUCCGAAGGCUGCAGCCUGCGGAUGUCGCAUGUGGUCAUCAACCCAGGAUUAAGUUAUAGCAUAUUACAACAACUUACAAUUAACUAAGAGUAAUAGUCAACUAUAUAAUUGUUAAUAUUCUGAAAUAAGACAGCCGGCAUUAACACACCAUUGCGAUACCUCCAUAUGAAGACGUUGUUCUGCAGGUUCGUUGUCUUCAUUUUCAUCUCGCUCCAUUUCCGACUCUGGCGCGAACAUGUAAGGCUGGAUGGACAAGUCUUCCAUUGUUGACAUUUUGUGAAUAACGAGUAAAUAAAAAGUUUCUGUGCCGCUAGAUAAUCGUAUCUCUGCUAUAAAACUACAAAAAUGGCCGAACGGGGUGGAGUUUAACAGAGUGUCACCUCUGCAACCUGGAGAGGGGGCAGGGUAUGACGUGCAUUUAAAAAGACAGUACCAAAACGAGUUGCUCUCAGAUGCACAUCAGAAAAGGGGUAGAAAGGGGGCCUGUGGGGCUAUAAUAAUGAGGAAUUCAGACCCAAGCAUUGCAGUUUCACUUUAUAUAGACCACAAAUAGAUGAUUUAUAUGUAAAAAGGACAGAUUUAAAAGCACGAUAUGUCUGCUUUAAGGCAUGAACACCACCACGCCUUUGCCCUUGAUAAGUGUAUAUUCUAGGUUAAUAAUUAUACAUGAUAGUAUAAGAUCGAGGAAGACUGAACGAUCACACACGAUCAAACACUGCUUCAAUAGAAAUCAUGAGAUGUGUAGCUUGUUUUCUUUCUUUGCUCAUUGCUAUCGGUCCAGCACAAUGUGGGAAUGUUUUAGUCUGGCCAACUGAAGGCAGUCAUUGGAUUAAUCUCAAGACUGUGUUGGAAACAUUGGUGGAAAGAGGACACAAUGUAACUGUGCUGAUGCCGAAUGCCGGUAUGUUCAUCAAAGUCAAAGAAUCGGAUCCCUUCAACUACCUACACUUUAAUAUGUCAAUGUCCGCUACGGAGAUUCAUGCUAUCCUUGAGGAACAUCUGGAUUUCUAUAUGUACAAUGCUGGUAAAUUAAACCAACUGCAGAUUACAAUAAAAUACUUUCAGCUUGCAUCCAAAUAUCUGGAUAUUGGCCUUUCGUACGGCGACGGCAUUCUGAAAUCUCCAGAGAUGUUGGAUGAAUUGCAACAGGGGAAGUUUGAUGUUAUUUUGUCCGACCCAAUCUUCCCAUGCAGUGAUAUAUUGGCUGAAAAGCUGAACGUUCCCUUGGUGUACACGUUUCGAUUCUCCAUCGCUAAUGCUGCAGAGAGGAUGUGUGGUCAGAUCCCAGCUCCACCAUCAUAUGUACCAGGAGCCAAAAGUGAACUCACAGACAAGAUGAGUUUUACAGAGCGAAUCAAGAGUCUGCUCUUCUACCUUUCACAAGAUGCUUUCAUCAAAACUCUGUGGAAAAAGUUUGACAACUACUACACUGAUUAUUUAGAUAUAAAGAGAAUGCUAUGCGGUUAUCCAGGAUUCAUCAUGACAGACCGAUGAAGCCUCUGGAUGAAGCAGUUUUCUGGAUUGAGUUUGUCAUGCGUAAUAAAGGUGCUAAACAUCUGCGUGUUGAAGCUCAUAAUCUUACCUGGUAUCAGUACCACUGUCUGGAUGUGUUUGCUUUUCUAUUCACUAUU